AUUUAAUGUUCCUUCCAAUACUGGCCGUAUUCCUGUCAAUAUAUCUUCAAAUUUUGGUCAAAUGACCGCCAAAGAAUGGAAGAAUUGGGUCCUUGUCUUUUCUCUUUUAUGUCUUGAUGGAUUGUUACCCACUAUACACCUAAAGGUAUGGCAGACCUUUGUACUUGCAUGCAAACAUUUUUGUCAGCCCUGCAUUGAAAAGGUUAAUCUUGUAAUUGCUAAGAAUCUCAUGGUCAAAUUUUGUACCCAAGUUACUCAGCUGUAUGGUGCACAGUUUAUUACACCAAAUAUGCAUUUGCACUGCCAUUUGCAUGAAUCUGUUAGAAACUUUGGCAGCAUGUAUGGUUUUUGGCUUUUUAGUUUUGAAAGAUACAAUGGAAUCAUGUCUGAUUUUCACACAAAUAAGAAAAAUAUUGAAGAGCAGUUAAUGAAAAAGUUCUUAAUGUUCUCAACUACUACAGAGGAAAACUUGGAUACAGAAUUUCAUUCACACUUGAAACGUCUUUCCUACUCAUCUAUUUCUCCUAUUCAGCUGACCAGCUCUGGUUUACUCACACUUCCAACUUCUAUGAUUACCGACAUUAAGACAGAUUGUUGGAGUGAUUUGACACAUAUUACUUUCAGACAUACUGUAGGCUCACCAGUAAGUGUAGUUGGGAAAGAAUUCCAUUACAACUUGUGUAAAGUGUAUUCUUAUAUGUACCGAAGGGAAGUAUCUGUGGAUAAUGUUUCUGGUGUGUGUACCAAGUACUCAUCAGUACAUUUCAAGAAUGAAUCUCUGGGUAGUGUAUCAAACAAACAGCCUGACAGGAAUAGCCAUGUAUUUGCAUCUUGGGCUGAUGAUGACACAAAUUUUAGUGACAGUCUUACUCCUCGCCUGGGAAAAAUCAGACAUUUUGUGCACAAUGUUAUAGAACUGGCUGUAGGAGAGCCUGUAGAACAUGUUUUUGCGUACAUUGACUGGUUUAAAACCCCUUCAGACCAAUUUGGAUAUCUGAAUCCUGUAUCAGUGUGGUCGACAAAACUGCAGAAUGAUGGGCCUGCUUCAUUUCUUCCAAUUCAAAGAAUAUGUGGUAAAGCAGCCUGGCGUCAUGAAAUGCACAAUUCUCAGUGAUUCAUUGUUGCAAUAUCUGUGCCAAAGGCCUCGUUUAUUUAGGAUUGACAUUUCAUGCUCAGUGAAUAUCAUUAGUAGGUCAGCUGGACUUCUGGUUAUCCUUCAUGACAGCCUUACUUGAUUUUUAAUUUAGAAUUUAUAUCAAUGGUUUUCAUUUGUCAGAUGCCUGUUGAAAUUUACACCCGAGUGGUAUGGUACUUAGACCUCACUCAGCUCUAAGCGCCCCCUAAAAAGCUCACCUGGGCCAAAGGUGGUCCUGUUGUGUACUGAAUAGGAGAUUUGUUUGGGCCAGAGGGCUGCUCUGUUUUUGCUUUAUCCAGCAAACACUCUCUCUAGAUUUCUCUGAGCUACAGUCAGAACCUAAAUUGCAUACAUCCAAAUUAGCAGUGUUUUAACAUCCUUUCUCCAAAUAUAAGCAUAUUAAUUAUAGACUGUCACCUAUAUACCUUGUGUCAAGGUCACUGAUUAUGUAAUAGUUCUCCAAAAAGUUAAAAAGAUGGAUAUCACAAGAAGUAUUGAUCUCAAUAGUACUGACCCCUGUGGCCUGCCAGAACUAAUUUUUGCACUGUAUGCCAUUUCACACUUUAGAAAAUACUGGAAGUCAUAGUUCUUUGAUGUAAUUGAAUAUUUAGGUACAUUUGUAGAGUUAGUUAGCACUGUUUUCACCUGUAGACUGUCCCAGUGAUAAUGAUAUAUGGAUCAGUUGACAACAUUUCUCAUGCUUAACAGAAAGCAUGUGCUUUGGGAAGGAGAAAGUGUUGUUCUCUCUAUUUUUGUGUUGUUGCAAAAACAACUUUCUCUAAUGAUAUAUGGAUCAGUUGACAACAGUUCUCUUGCUUAACAGGAAGCAUGUGCUCUCUAUUAAAGUUUUUACAAGAUUUGUCAAUAUGAAGCACUGAAUAUGUGUUGUAUAUUUUGUUAUGACAGUGUUGCAAAUGUUGCAUUCUUUAUUGUUCAGUGUAUUGAUUGUAUGAAUUGUAAAUGAGAAAUAUAAUGUUUC